AUGUCUACCUUUUCGUACGCACAAGCCGCCAAGGGCGCAUCCGGGACACAGACCCCAUCCAAGACGCCAUCAGAGCCGGAGAAGAUCGACUCCAAACAGGAGGAAGAACCAACCGAGACCACAACGGAGACCGCACCGGCCCCCGCUGAAUCCGACGCCCCUCAAACAUCUGAGAAGGUUGCUGUGGAGGAGACCAAGGAUGACGAUUUCACCACCGUCACCAACAAGCAUGCUGCUAAGAAGGCCGUCACUUCCCGCACAUCAAGUCCGAGCGUUCGCACCACUUCCAAGUCCCGCAAGUCCAAGGAGGACGACUCUUCAAAUACCCCGAAUGGCACCGCAGAGGCCACUUCGGAGAAGCAGGUUUCCACCGAGGGAAAGACGGAUGCUGUUGCUGAGAAGUCAAACGAGAAGUCCGAGGAGUCCACGAAGGACGCCGCUCCUCCCAAGGAGCUGAAGGCUGCUCCUCUCCCCUCAAUCAAUAUCUGGCAACAGCGCAGAGAGGCGCAAGACGCCAAGGUCAAGACUGUUCCCAAGUCCGCUGCUACUGGCAAGUCCAACUCCACCAAGGGUGCUUCCGAUGAGACCCAGCAGGAUUCCAAGGCUUCCAAGAAGAAGGGCGCUGAAAGCGCACCGGAAGGUACAAAGGACCGCAAGAAGACCGAGGGCGGAAAGGGACGCGAUGCUGGAUCGGUCCCCCCAGUUGAGGAUUCCACCGCAUGGCCCACUCCCCAGGUCGCGAUCGGCGAAGAGAAGAAGAAGGCCCAAGAGAAGACCGACAAGAGCCCCGUGAUCCGACCCCAUGGAAAGGAGAAGUGGACUCCUGUUCCUUACGUCCCUACCGCUGUUUUCAACACCCCUCUGCCCUCUGCUGGCGGCGGCCGUGGAGGCCGACGUGCCGCUCGUGGCGGCCGUGAUUCUGGCCGUGGAACUCACGGCAAUGGUGCUCCUGCUACUGAGAAGGCUGCCUCUGGACAGGCUGCCCAAGGCUCCAAACAGGCCACCGGAGAGCGCGGAAGAAACGAGGCUACUGGACGUGCUGCAUCCCUCCCUGCUCAGUCAAGACGUUCCACCAGCACCGAGGCUGGUGCCGCUGCUGAUGCGCGCAAGGCUUCCCAAGCCCCUGAGCGCAGCCGUGGAGCCCGUAACGGCGAGGAAACUGCCAACAAGCCGGUCAACGGAGAGAACGCUCCCCGCUCCCAGCGCGAGGGCAAGCCUUUCGGAAAGAACCAGGAAGCUCGCAAUGGCAAGGGUGGAAACCUGGCUGUCGACUCGCAGGCUGCGGCCCGCACCAAUGACCGUCGAUUUGAUGCCGGCUCGAAGUCUGCUGACCCCAAUAGCUUCAACGACUUCAACCGCGGUGAAUUCCGUGGAGAGCGUGGAGGCCGUGGAGGCAACCGUGGCCGUGGUGGCUACUCCAACUUCGGUGGCCAGAACGCUCAGUUCACUAAUGCGUCUAUGUCCAACAACUUUGCUUCGUCCAAGUCCUUUGGUUUCAACGACCGUCAGCGGUCACAACAGCACGGCCUUCCCAAUGGCUCUCAGCAGACCUCCCGCAUGCCUUUGAGAUCGCCCUCGCUGCCCAACGGAAAUGUCUACGGUGUCUACCCCUUCCCUAGCGAUAUCAACACAAUGUACGGCUACCAGGCUGUGAACCCCGGCCCCAUGAGCGCUGUGCCAUAUCAGCAGUAUAUGGAGCCCUUCUCGCUCAUGUCAAUGCUGUCCAUGCAGUUGGAGUACUACUUCUCGGUUGACAACAUGUGCAAGGACAUGUUCCUUCGCAAGCAGAUGGAUUCUCAGGGCUUUGUUCCUUUGAACGUCCUUGCCAGCUUCAAGCGUGUUAAGUCCCUGACUGAGGACUUCGAACUUAUUCGUCACGUGGCUCGUCAGCUCCGCAAUGUUGAGUACCAGACCGGUGAAGACAAUAUCGACCGUCUGCGUCCCAGAGAUAAGUGGCAGCAGUGGGUUCUCCCCGUCGACCAGCGUGAACCUGCCGCUCAACACGAUGGUACUCCCGCCGCCAAGACCGAUGAGAACACCCCUGUGCACAGCGCCAUCAACGGCUCUGCUCGUCAGUUCGUUCCCAACGGAGUUGCCAAUGCCUCGAAGACAUCGCUUUCGUCUACCGCCCCAGAAUUUAUGCCUUCAUUGCCUCACACCGCAGUGAAUGAAAUUGCCAAUGUAGGAUACCCUGUGGACCCUUACCUUUCGCAAGAUGCGGACUCGACUUGGUCGACUGUUCUCUCGUCUUCGCAAUGCCCCGUGGAUUAUUCAUUUGUUGACCCUUAUUCAGCGCGCGGAUUAGAACCGCAUUCCGAAUCCCCUUACCACUUUGACUUGGAGAUGAUGGCGGGCCCAGUGAGGUCUGACACGAAUUGCUCUCGACACCAAGUCGGCGGUGCUACUCGUUCAGACUACAAGCGUCUCAAGAGCUCGAGGUACAAAAAGUCAAAGAGGAUGGGUCGUCCGUCCACAGAAACUUCCAAUUAUGUCCCCCAACUUCCCACCCUGUUUAGUGAUGAACCUUUCGAUGGCAGAGGCCGAUCAGUGGCCCGAGAAAAUACCCCUGGAGCCACCCUGCCUUACUCUGACUGGUCUCGGAGCUUGACAAGCAAUUUCCAAUCGCACCUGUACAAUGAAUUUAGGCGUUCAGCCCUUGAUGAUCUUUUUACACGACACGUUGACACUGGAUUCAAGGCUCUCAUGGACUUCUAUCGGGAGUGUCUGUUUGCCCACUGUAUCCAUCCCACUGUGAUGCUCGACAUGAUCAAACUUUCGAAGGAUACAUCUCACGGUUAUUCCACAAUUGCUUUUGAUAUGAUUCAUGACGCCAUCGCCAGUGGGAAAAUGUGGCUACACAACCAGAAAAAUGUCGACAAACAUUUCAAUACCCUGCACGGCAAAUUGCCCCGAGAAAAGUUACAACGUUGA